CUCUCUUGUGAAUUUGCGUUGCACAAUGUUUGUUGUGGCCCGGCGGUGAAAUUGAGCCGCGAACUGCAGCUUUCCGUGGGCGCGUCACCAGAAUUUCUCUAUUCACCGCGGCCUUCCUGUGUGCCAAUUGUCUUCCGUCAACCAGCUCCACACCGUUUUUCCAAACUCAUAUGCAAGUCUGCCCAUCAUGCCAACGUAUCGUAGCGCAGGCACUUCGGUCUACCUCCGUACAGCUUCACUCAGACACUCAACAACUACCAAUCCAGAGAAGAAGAAAGGGCAAAAUGCCACCGAGGCCAGCGACAGAGCUGCAGCAGCCCUUUUGGGUGGGUCAAUCUUGCGCGAGAGAGCCCUUUCUGACCAUCCGAGCGAUCACAUAAGUUUUCUCGGACAGAGCCUCAAUGUGCCCUUCUUCCUCCGCGGCGUGGUCUACGAUGCUGUACGCGACACCUCAGACCACGAACUCUCGCCCCAUGCCCUCGCCGUACAGGUCACACCCAGUAAAGGGACCUUUCUUAAGGACCUCAAGAGCAGCACAUCAAUGCCAGCAGGUGGGCGCGCCGCACAAGAUCUCAUGAUAUCAGUGUUCUUCAAUGGAAAUCAGUGUAACUCGAAAUAUAUCCCGGCGAGAUCCGCAAACAGACCGGAAGAGCUGAUGCAGUGCUUCUCUGGUUGUCGCUUUACGUUCAUGUUGGAACGCCCCUGGGUCAUAAUUCCUGACGGACAAGAACCCGAUGGAUCCAUGCGACCUCUAAAGCGGAGAAAGUCUGGCAUGUUGAGUGCAGAGGAUCGCUGGACUGAGAUCUCAGCUGAGAUUGCAAGAGAGUCUGCAAGAUAUGGAUACAACGAGCAUGGCGAGAGACAACCUCUUGGCGAUUAUCUUCAGUGCUUGGCUGCGAUUCCAAUGCCAGGCGUAUUCGCAAAUUCACAAAGAGCCGGCGGGCAAAAGUUUGGCGUCAUCGACGUGGUCGUAUCUCUGGGAAGAGGGAAGAAACGCGAUACAAGCAAUGCCGUGUAUAUGAAAAGUCCAUCAUAUAUGCUAGACUCCCGCUAUAGUUUUGAAACUCCCGAAGAUGCUCCUCUUUACAAGCCGAAAACGGCACAGAAUUAUUUGAACACGCCCCCCUCCGCAGCACCUGCGCUGACAAUGGACCUGGAUGACAGUCCUUAUACAAAUGAGCGCUCAAUCGACCAGGAUCUGUCCACGCUGUCAGAGACGUUUGCUGCACUUGAACCACCAUCCAGUCAAGGGAAAGGCUAUGCGGUGAUACCUCCACCUACUCCGCAUUUACGGUCGGAUAUGCUUGCUUCACAUGAAAGCCUGGACAUGUCCACAGAUUCUCCCGAUUACAUAAGCAGUCCUGGAAAUAGUCGCCAUAGAAGAGGUGGCAUUAGAGUUCAAUCGGUUGGUGAGAAAGGCUUAGAUCAAGAUAAUCUGAGUGAGACAAUGAAGCGAAUUUGUCCUGAUUCUUUCGAUCUCUCUGGGCCUCUCUCUGAGCCUCUCUCUGGUCACAAAAGACAAUGUGUGACUGCUACAACUGGCAGCACUAGACCUUCCCAUGUACCUACAGUCACCAGCGAGAGUCCGGCUAGUCCUCUGAGGAGUCCGUCAUCACUCAGUCGUAUCGUUAUAUCGUCCGGCGGGAGCGUCAUUGUGAACCGAGAGUUGUCAACCCCUAAAUUUCUCGAUACGCCACAAGGAGUCAAAAACCCUCGUUCUGCAGUUGAGUACGACGAGCAUCCACGUUCCAACCUACGUAAUGAUGACGGUCAGUCUGAGCUCCCAGCCCCAGACCUGUCUAAUCCAAAGCGCGAGUCGUCGCCGCUAACCAAGCCCAAAUUGACUUCCACAGCUCACAUCGCGGCAAGCUCAGGGGCCGAACGGAGACCGCUAUUUGUUAAUCAACCUUCCACCCAGCAUUUGACGGCUCCAGCUCCUGCUGUUCGCGGAGGCAAGUCCCUAUCAGAUGCCCCGUGGAGGAUCCCACCCACUAAUCAUCGACGCCGAACAAAUAACUCAUUCGGGGCCUAUCUACCGUUAGAAGCACGUGCUAUCUUGAAGUCAGAGAGGAUGCCGAAAAUGUUGCUUCGUUCAUCGCCGCCAGAAACCGGGCAUGCAGUGACGGAUGAUUCAAUUGUGGACUCUAAAACUGCAACGCAUGACGUAUCUUUGGUUAUUCCUUCAGCGCCUGUAAUGGCGACCGCUACUGCCCCGUCUCUGAGAACUGUGCUCCGAAAUAAGGCAUCAGCUAGAAGCCUACCCACCCCUGCUAUCAGUAUACCAUUACGCAGACAGAACAGUACUAUACACAGUACCUCGAAGCUCAAUUCUGUGUCUGCUAUGUCCAAGCGUAAGCAAAGUGUCGGUAGCGUGAAUCCCAAAGGUUCAGGGCCUCGGCGUCGUGGCGCCUCAGGAUACACCGUGGAAACCGUACCGAACUUCGAGGUCCCCGAGCUGAGCCUGGACAGUAUCAUCACCUACGCCAAGCCGACUGUACUGCAAGACGCAAGUAUCGGUCCACUAGGGAUUGUUCGGCAGAUUCGUAGUGAAAGACCAGGAGACUUCCAGGAGAGCGGUGUCCUGUGUGCGUUUCGUUAUGUCAUAACCGCUGAAGACAUCUUCAAUAAUGCUUCUGCCUGAUUGGUGAAGAGAAGGGGAUCAUCUCUUGUACGAUAUUGAGUGGCACAUUUGCGUGAGAAAUAACUUCAUCAAGAAGCUUCCGGCCUGGCUAAACAGAAUUUCCAUUGACCGACGAUUGAACAUAUCGCUCUAAACUAGCUAGAUCAUGGGCUAUACCAAGAGACGCACACGAAAUGGCGGGGAUAUGGAAGGUCAAUUUAUGCAAGAGGCUAAAUUGAGAUUCCUGUCGCUAGGACUGACAUAACACCUGAACUAUGCAGUUGAAAGACGGCA